UGUUAAAUAUAUAUGAAGUUAACAAUUACGACUGUUUUAUAUAAGAAACUAAUUUUAUUCUAUUAAUAUUAAUCUUUCUAUUAACAUUAAGUAAAAUUAAUAUUAACUAUAUAUAAUAACGACAUGCAUUAUAAAUAAAUAAUCUAAUAUAUAAAUAACACGUUUAAUCUAAAUAAUUCAUAUAUUAAUGUCGUUGUAAUUGUAGAAUCUAGAGGCUGUUACUAACUUCGUGCCAUGAUUCAACUGAAACAUCGUCUCUAACCUUUAUUUAUUUUAUGAAUUUGCGCAUGCUCGUUCGCUUAAAAUCAAAUCUAAAAAUUACAAUUCCAUACUUUAAAUAUUGACUACUUAAUUAAUAGAAAAGACAGUAUUGUUUUGAUAACGUUUAAGGUACGUGACGUUUUAUUCGGGAGUAGUAGAGUAGUAUAGUAGUAGAUUGUAGUUGUUGGGAUUUGUAGCAUGUGAAUGGUCAUCUCUAUUGAAAUUUCUUUUUGAUGAGAUUUGGCAGCUUGAUAGUUCGUAAUACAAUAGUAUAGUUUCUUAAAUUGCAACAUUUUUUGUGUGAGCGUUUUUGUAUCACAUCGAUGAGAUUUUUUCGAUUAAAUUAAAGUCAAACAUGACAAUUUGGAGUUAUGUAGUGUUUCCUAUGGUGGUAAUUUAGCAGACCAGGCAAAAUUAAGGUAGAUUUUUGCUGUUUCGCGUAGUAGGAGAGUAUUAGAUUUUAAAUAUCGACUGUCGCUAUAAACCCAUGCACUGUAUUGCGAAGUGGCGUCGUUGCGGGCAAUCUACGAAGCUGGUUGAGAGGCUGUAUGUGACAUAGGCCAUACGCAGCAACUAGCGAUGAGCGACAACGCGGUAACAGUGAGCGGCAGAGAGGGGACCAAUUUUUGUCGAUCUGUCUUCUACUAUUAUGUUUGUUAUUUUAGUAGUUAUCCAAGCAGCAAAUAAGUAGUAAUGAUGAAUACGAAGAAUUAUUUUGAUAUCGAAUGUUUAAUAACUGAAGUGCAAUGUAGGCCGAUUUUAUGGCAAGAUAAUCAUAAAGAUUAUAAAAAUAAGUCUAUCACAGACAUGAUAUGGGAAGAAGUAGGAAAGAAGUGUAAUUGUACAGGAGUUGUUGCGAAACUGAAAUGGAAGAAUUUAAAAGACAGCUAUAGGAAAAACAUACAGAAGCUUCCCCCUUUGAAAUCUGACUCGAAAGCAACAACCCCAUGUAAGAUCAAAUGGCCGUAUUUCGAAAUGAUGGGAUUCAUCAAGGAUUAUGUAGCUCAUACUCGCGGUGGAAGUAAUUUGCCAGAUAAUUCGUUCAUUAGCGAUGAUAAUAUCGAGGAACAACCUGAUGAAGUUUCCAAUGAUGACGUCAAAGAUACAAGUGAUUUUGCAAGUACUUCGAAUUGUACGCAGGGAUAUUCCACUUCCACACCUAUCCAAUUUCCGGAUUCAGGAUUUCACUCAAAUUCAAAAUGUUCACAAAAAUCUAAAUACAAGUACAAAAAGCAGCGGAGGGACGUAGAUAUCGAAUUUUUAAAGCUAGAGGAACAGCGGCUAGAGUUAUUGAAAAAAGACAUAAACAACAAAAGCGAAGAAAACUCAGAUCUUCAGUUUUUUAAAAGUUUACUUCCUUUUAUGGAAUCGUUAUCUCCAAUUGAAAAAUUGGAAGUAAGAGGAGAGAUACAGAAUGUUAUUAUUAAUAAACUACGAUCUAGGCAACCAGUCUAGAUGGUAUACUGGUAAUAUCCGAAAAUUCAAACGUCACACAUAUCUAUUCAGGAAAAUCAACAGCAAACUCUAAUAUAUCUUUUUUUACGUAAAUUCAAACUUUAGUGUAACAAUUAGUGCAAGGAUUAUUAUUUACAUACAUACAGUAUCAUUAUAUACAUUACCUAUACAUACAGUACAUGUAUGUAUAGAUAAAUCGAUUUUGUAAAUUCAUGCUGCCUUUUUAAUCGUAUCAAAUUUCUUCUGUCCGUCGCUGUACGUACACAAUUUUGAGUGAAUAUAACAAUAAUAAUACAUUAAUAGGGUUUAAGUAAUAAUGAAACGUUUCGUGUACGGGCUCCGUAUAAUACAUUAAGCGUAAAUAAUUUUCCAAAAAUAUAUAUAACACAACGCUUUAUUAUCGUUCCUAAACUGAUUUUAUGAUAUGAUACAGUGAGUUGCAAUUUUACGGCUCUCUUGUUUGCCCGUUGCAGUCGUUUCCGGACGGUUCUAAUUUUUUAUGAAAGUGUUUUUUUCAGACCAUGUGUCCAACUUAUAAUUAUUUAUGUACGUCUUAGCCAUGACACAUCAUUUUUCGUUGCAAUUACAAGAGAUUCGUAUCAUAUUGUCGAUAAAUUAUCGAGCAUUUUGUUAAAUAUUUAUAACGUUGAUAAUUACAACUGUUUCAUAUAAAGACUAAUUUUAUUCUAAAUUAGAUAUAUCUGCAUUUAAAUUUAAUUAUAUAUGUACAUACAUGCGAUAUACACACAUGUAUUAUAAAUACAUCAGCUGAUGUAUAACUAAUAUGUGAAUAAUGACUCUAUGCAAUUGUAAUUGGACAACUUAAAGCAUGUCUUACUACUAACUUAUUAUCAUGAAUGUCACGAUAUCAGGAUUCAGUUGAAACAUCUCUUUAACGUGUAUUCAUUUUAUGAGUCUUGCCCGUGCUUCUUCGUUCAAGUUUGAAAAUUGCCUUUCUAUAUUUU